AUGCCGAAGUCUCGUCAGAGUUUUCCUUCAGCUCCGUGCACGGUGUCUCGACCCCCUGACGAUGAGAAACCCCCUUCGCCUGCAGAAGACAUCUUAGCUAUGGCAGCUAGAGAAAUUUCCCCGUCGGGGGUAAAUUUGGCGGACCAAGCCAAGGCUCCUCAGUGGGCUGACGGCUUUUCGGGCGGCGGGUCUCCAUGCCCAAAGCCCCCUGCAAGUGUAACAGAUCCGCGGCCUAGUACGUCAGCUCCGUCUGGUACUGGCCCUGGUGCGCCACGCCCACCGACUACAGCUCAACCGCACUUUCCACAGUUCCCCGCUCAGUCGGGCUACUGGUACCCUCAGCCACCAUCAGCUCCCUGGGGAACCCCUGGUGGCCCUGGCCCAUCAACGAUGCCUGCUGGUUUAUUCAAUCAGUGGGGCAUCCCUGUCCAGUAUUUUCCGCAGCCGAUUUACAGCGGUCUCUCGGAGCAUCCUCCCGCUAGCGCUCCAACUCUGACGGCCCCUGGCUCACAUGCACAGCGCCCUCCUGCUGCUGCGGCUGCUGACGGCGGCCAUCUUGAAAUAGUCAACGUUAGUGACGACGACUCUGAGUCCUCCUUUUCCGCAGUUUCUACUGCCGGUAGAGAGCCCUUUCGCCUUCCUCACAAGAAAGACACAGGUAUAAAUCCUAUCUCAGAGAAGGUGAUUUCAUGGUGGGAGGAACUGAGAACCCACAAGUUGUCCUCCGACGAUUAUAAAGAGGAAAUUUCACCGUACAACGUCCCGUCGGGCCAGGGAAAAUUCUUUUCCGCCCCGGAACUUCCGUCUGGUUUGAAGAAGGUGUUCAAACAGGUAAAUUCCUCAACCAUUAACAGUGAUGAGAAGUUAAGAGCUUCCCAUACUCAUAUCCUCGAGGCAGUCAAACCCUUGCUACGCCUUUUUGACGCAGUUACAGAUGAUGAGUGCCCCAAUGAAGUUCCUAAAGAACUCGUCCAGGAUCAUCUUUCGUCGGCCAUUAUUUUACUCGGCUCUGGCAGUCAAGGGCUCGCCUUGGCGAGACAACAUGCAUUUGAUGACAUUGUCGACCGCAAGUUUGAUGUCCUCAAGAAGAACCCUCCUUCGUUAGGUGAACUCUUCGGAUCAUCCUUGAUGAAAGACAUUGAGGAGACAGAAAAGGUCAACAAAUUGGCCUCCAAAGUCACGGGCACAGGCGGAAAAUCUCAGCAGUCUAACCCUUCUAAGGAUAGACGUUUCACGCCUUAUCAACUGGCCUCCAGGUCGUUCAGAGGGCGUCGCCCAUCACGGGGUGCCUACAAUCGCUUCCCAGGUAGGAAUUACCAACAGUUCAAGGAUUUCCCAAGAUCGCGAAAUCCCAAGACGGCCUACGCCACUACAGAUAAGUCUAGUUCAAAAAACUAG